AUGGACAAUGGAACAUAUUUUUAUUUCAUGUUGUUUGAAAACCUUGGACACAUGAGAUACAUUUUCUUCAGUUUAGCAUUUAUUUAUUACUGUGUUGUCUUAUGUUUGAAUGUCCUUAUUGUUCUUGCAAUACGUCAAGAAAGGACAUUACAUCAGCCCAUGUAUAUUCUGAUUGCAUGUUUGUCCAUUAACUCUUUGUAUGGUACAGCUGCCUUUUUUCCAAGGUUACUGUCAGACUUGCUGUCUGAUACACACACAAUCUCCCGUGAAACUUGUUACUUGCAGGUCCUUGUCAUAUACACAUAUGCAUCGUAUGAGUUUACAAUAUUAACAUUAAUGGCAUUUGAUAGACUUGUUGCAAUCAGUAAACCUUUACAAUACCAUAACAUAAUAACUCCAAGAUCUCUGACUGUAUUAAUGGUUAUUAACUGGACUUAUCCUUUAAUUAUGGUUGGUAUUGCUAGUAUUUUAACUGCCAGACUGACUAUUUGCGGUAACAAACUGUACAAAGUAUACUGCCAUAAUUAUGACAUUGUCAAACUAUCGUGUGUGCGCAAUACUGUUAUUAAUAUUUAUGGUCUUUUUGUGACAAUCACAACUGUUUUUAUCCCUUUGAUUUUUAUUUUUUAUUCGUAUGUCAAAAUCCUUAUUGUUUGUAAAAGAAGCUCACCAGAGUUCAGAAGCAAAGCUUAUCAAACUUGUGUUCCUCACAUGGUGAUCCUUUUUAAUUUUUCAAUUGCCAUUUUUUGUGAGCUCACUUUGAGUCGCUUUGUGGAUGGUGAGCUUCCCACAACACUGACUGUUGUUCUUUCUCUUAAUUUUCUUAUAAUACCACCUUUCUUAAACCCUGUUGUUUAUGGAUUAAACUUUCCUGAUAUUCGCAAAAACUUUAUUUGCCAUAGAAAAGCUUUAUGGUAG